AUGCUGCCCACGGCCUCCAGCAAAAGGAGAACAUUUGCGGCCAGAUAUUUUGCCCGCUCCAAAAGCCUGGUGAUGGGGGAGCCGAGCCAGAGCCCCGGGCAGCCCCCCGGCCCCCGCGGGCAGGGCCCCGUGCUGAAGGCGGGCUGGCUGAAGAAGCAGAGGAGCAUCAUGAAGAACUGGCAGCAGCGCUGGUUCGUGCUGCGCGGGGACCAGCUGUUCUACUACAAGGACAAAGAUGAGGCCAAGCCCCAGGGACAUAUUUCUCUGCAAGGGACGCAGGUGGCCCAGCGUCUUCCUGGCCCUGAGGAUGUGGGGAAGCACCUCUUUGAGAUCAGCCCAGGUGGUGCCGGGGAGCGGGAGAAGGUGCCGGCCAGCCCCGAGGGGCUCCUGCUCAUGGCCAGUUCUCAGCGAGACAUGGAGGACUGGGUGCAGGCCAUCCGCCGGGUCAUCUGGGCCCCGUUUGGUGGAGGUACUGCCCGUAGCCUGCAUGCUCACCCUCUAGAACCCUUGCGUCCAGGGAUCUUCGGGCAGCGCCUGGAGGACACGGUGCACCAGGAGCGCAAGUUCGGCCCGCGCCUGGCGCCCCUGCUGGUGGAGCAGUGCGUGGACUUCAUCCGGGCGCACGGGCUUGGCGAGGAGGGGCUCUUCCGCCUGCCCGGCCAGGCCACCCUGGUGCGGGACCUGCAGGACGCCUUUGACUGUGGGGAGAAGCCGCUGUUUGACAGCACCACAGAUGUGCACACGGUGGCCUCCCUGCUGAAGCUCUACCUGCGGGAGCUGCCCGAGCCCGUGGUCCCUUUCGCCAGGUACGAGGACUUCCUCAGCUGCGCCCAGCUGCUCACCAAGGACGAGGGGGAGGGGACUCUGGAGUUGGCUAAACAAGUGAGCAGCCUUCCCCUGGCCAAUUACAACCUGCUCAGUUAUAUCUGCAAGUUUCUGCAUGAAGUUCAGUCCCACUCAGAUGUCAACAAGAUGAGCGUCCAGAACCUGGCAACCGUUUUCGGACCUAACAUACUUCGGCCACAGAUAGAAGACCCAGUGGCCAUCAUGGAAGGCACGUCCCUUGUCCAGCACCUGAUGACCGUCCUGAUCCGCGGACACAGCCAGCUCUUCAGUGGGAGGGCCCCAGAGGGGCCGGCCGCGCCCCACGGGGGCCCCCCCUGCACAGUGGGCUGGGGCUCGGAGGAGGUUCCGGGGGACAGCCAGGCAGAGCCCGGUGGCCCCCACCCACCCUCACUCAGGACCUCGUCCCUGGACGGGGCGGCUGUGGCCGCGCUCUCCAGAAACUCCCCCCGGGGCCGCGGGAAGAGGCUGCAGACUCUGCCCGGCUGGAAGGCCUCCUUUCGGCAGUCGGGGUCUCGGUCCAGCAGCUCGUCCCCGGAGGUGCCCACAGCCUCCUCCGGCGGGAACUGGCUCGUGAACGGGCUGUCCUCCCUGCGCGGCCACCGCCGGGCCUCCUCGGGGGACCGGCUCAAGGACAGCGCCUCCCAGAGACUCUCCACCUACGACAAUGUGCCGGCGCCCAGCCCCGGCCCCAGCGCGCCCAGCGUGUCCAGCUUGGCCUGGUCGGGGGCCUCUUCCUGCGAGGCCUCCCCGGGGGGCUCCGUCAGCAGCUGCUCCGCCUGCCGGGCCAGCGACUCUGCCUGCAGCUCCCUGCACCCCGAGGGCACCCCUGAGCCCUCCCUGGUCCCCAGCAGCAGCGAGGAGCUCAGGUCCCCGGAUCCGGGGCGCAGCCUGGAGGAGGCGGCCGUCUGCCUCAGCAGCAGUGAGCCCAGCGAGCCCGGCAGCCCGGCCCGGGACCCCACGCCCCACUCCACGGCUCUCCAGGGCCUGGUGGCGGAGCUGCGGGCGGAGCUGUGCCGGCAGAGGACGGCGCACGAGCUGAGCGUGAGAAGACUCGAAGAUGGUACCACCGACCUAAGGAAACGAAUGUUGCGGCUGGAGGAGGAGCUGGACCAGGAGAAGAAGAAGUACACGAUGCUGCAGAUCAGGCUGCGGAACUCGGAGCGGGCGCGGGAGGACGCCGAGAGGAGGAACCAGCUGCUGCAGGAGGAAAUGGAGGAGUUUUUCUCCACCCUGGGCAACCUGACUGUGGGGGCCAGAGGGGCCCCACAGUGAAGGAGCUCUCUGCUCACCUCCCUCCGAAGCAGUGGGGAAGGCGGGUGCAGGGGGGUGGGGGCGGGCUGUGA